UUCGGCUUAUCUCCACAGUAUCAGUAAACGCAAAACAGAAAUUCUGAACUUUACACUUCUUCCCAGAAUAACUGGAAUACCUUCUUCAAAUUCAAUUCACAUCCUCAUUCUUCCCCACCAUUGACGAUUUCCUAGAGAUUUAUCUUUAAUCAAGAUCAGCUUAAGGUUUAUUAUAUAGUAUAUUCAGUUUUGAGUGAAAAUUAUUGAAUCCGAUUUUUGCAUUUCUUCUCACUGUUUGAAAAAUGAAAAGAGGAAACCCAAGUUCUUCUUCAUCUUCAGAUAGGGUUAGCAACUUACCAGAUUCCUUAAUUCAACACAUCCUAUCUUUUACCAGAUAAGGUUUGAUCUACGUUAUGAUCUCUAUUUUAAGACUACUGAUGAAAUAUAUAGCUGCAUACAUAGAUGGAUUGCCACUGCUGUCAGCCAUAAUGUUCAAGAGAUGUGUAUUUACCUAACCCCUGACAGAUUUUGAGAUCCCUCUUUGUCUAUGUACUUGUAAAUCAUUGAAAAGGCUUGAGCUUCAAUUGUUUGGUUAUCAAGAUAGUGAUUAUGACUCAGAGAUUUUUCUACCUUAUGAUGAAAUGAGUUUACCUCUGCUCAAAUCCUUGAUUCUUAUACUUCGAGAUAUAUCAUUUCAGGACGAAGAACUAACGAAUAGGCUCUUUUCGAGUUUUCCUUAUCUAGAAUCGUUGAUUGUGAAAGUAAGUCAUAAUCCAUUUCCUGAAAUCAAUCUCAACGUUUCCUUGCCUAAACUUAAGUAUUUUGAGUUUGAUAGUCGGGUUUAUUAUGAUAGCAGUGGAGAGGUUAAACUGCAUGCUCCAAGUCUGUCAUCCUUCAUUUUCCGUAGUUACAUGUCGACAAAUUUCACUUUGACAAAUCUUUCAUCUCUAGCCACUGCUGAUAUUAAGAUGCGCUGCAUGCGCAUUAGAAGUCAAGUGCCAGAAAUUUGUGCCCGUGCGUUGGGACUUCUAAGAGGGAUUCAUAACGUGGAAGUCUUAACCUUAAAUCAUAAUUUCCUCGAGGCUUUUGGUGGAGCUCCUGAUAUACUGCAAACUCAACCGACUGAACAUUUUAAUAUUCAACAUUUGAAGCUCCAGACCUACCUUUCUCGGAACUGCCUGCGUUCAAUAUUCUUCAUACUAAACAAUUCUCCCAAUGCUGAAUCCAUUUCCUGCAGAUAUCACAGGUAGUAUUUGAUCCAGAUGACAUAGGAGACAACUGGGAUGCAGGGUUGUCUUUGCCGAGUAGGAUGUGUCAUCUAAAGAUUGCCGAUAUUAAAGGUCUUCGUGGGAAUGCUAUUGAACUGAAGUUUUUGGAGCUUCUGUUGAAACAUGCCACGGUCUUGGAGAAAGUGGUACUCACCAGUUAUUCAACUGAACAAGACUUGGAAAGGGAGAAACGGAUGACGAGAUUUAGUGAGAUGCUGUUAACAUUUCCUACAACCUCUAAGAAAAUCAUCAUCUUGUUAAAAUUCUAAGUGCUUCUUUAUGGUCUGUGAACUUGCACAUGUGGAAUCGAAUCUCAUCAAACCCAUCAAACCCGGAUGAGCCAAGAGAGCUGUUUUUCGAGUUCUUUGAGUUUGAAAUAUGAUACAAUUUCCUUAUGUUUGUGGUAGAUGCCGAAAUCUCUUACAAGUUGCAAUGAUAUUUAUCAAAAUCCAUAGUUUUUGUUGUUGCUAGUAUUUAUUGUCUUUUGCAUUGAUCUCUUGUUGUUGAUUUCGAUUUUAAUUCAGAAAACAUAAUACAUGAUUGGCAAGGUUGUCAUUUCCCUGUAUGCACAAACUUGACACUUUCCCGUCUGCA